GCCCAGCGCGGCCGCAGUCCGAGAGCUGAAACUCGGCAGCGCUGCUCCGUCUGCGGCCGGACCGGUGCUGAACGAUCCUGUUUUCUGACGCCAACAUGCCGAAAGACAGCCCGGCCCGGCGGAAGCGGAUUCGCAACGCCAUGCGACUCACGCGCGCAGCUGAGUCGGACGAAGCCCGAGAGGCUCGCCGAACUCGAGACCGAAUGAGUCGCAGAAGAGCUCGUGCAGCCGAGUCAGAGGAAGCUCGAGACCUUCGCCUGGCCAGUAACGCCGCCUGUAAAGCGAGACGUCUCGCCGCCGAGUCGGACGAAGAACGAUACGCCCGUCUGGCUGUAAACGCGGCGCGGCAGGCGAGACGCCGAGCGGCAGAGUCCGACGAGGAGCGACACGCUCGCCUCGCGAGAAACGCUUCACGCCAGGCCGUGCGACGCGCAGUCGAGUCUGACGAAGUGCAAGACACGCGACUGUCGAGGAGCGCCGCGCUGCAGGCGAGGCGGCGAGCGGCCGACGAGUGCGACGUCGCUCGGUGUGACGACGCCGACUCCUUCCAGUUCGAGCUGCAGGGAGCGUACGGAGAGACGCUGAUGCUGUUUCCGUUUCCUAAGUGUUCGCACUGCGGCGCCCUCGUGUGGAAAGCACUUCCUGUUGACGCUGCAGAGGAAGCAGCUUCCUGUGAGCCGCUGCUGUGUCACGACCACCAAUAAGGAGGAGGUCGAUGGAGGAAGGCCGAGGUUGGAGCGUGAGCAGGAGUUCUGGUCCACAGAAACGUGAAUCAAUCAGAGGAAUCCUGAUGCUGCUGCAGAACUGAUGAACUGAUGAACUGAUGGACACUUUGCUGCUGGUCUCCUUCUCCUCCAUCUUCUCAUUGGUCCUCAUUAGAUGAAGGCAGGAGGAUGUAAAAGCAGAACCUGCACUUGACUCUCAUGUAAAUGUUGUUUUUUUUUACUGCAGUUACAUUGAAGGCAUUUAAAUGUCUCACAGUCUGAAGCUGCUUCUCGCCGACACGUCUUCAUGCUGCUUUAAAUAUUUAUUGUCUAGAAAGACGUUUUGCAUUUCUGUGUUGAUGCUCUAAAUAAAUGAACUCUGGUGCUGUUGGUCCAGAUGGUCUGGACCUGGUCUCUGGCACCACUGAGACUGCAAA